AUGGACGCACCACCUGCACCUGCGCCUGCAUCAGCGGACAGCAAUACAAAUGCACACAACACCUCGAGCCUGGCCAUCAAUCCCGUCCAAUCCGAGCUGCCAGUCAAGCGACAUCGAAGCCAGCAAUCUUGCGAGCAUUGUCGCAGGCGCAAAACGCGCUGCGAGUAUUCCGAUUCUACAACUAGGUCAUGUCGACGAUGUUUGAAGGAACAGAAGCGCUGUGAGUUCAGCGCCGAGAGAUACAAAAGGAGAGGUUCUCAGGCAAGAACAGCCAACCGCAAUGGGACCGAUCCUUUGGUGCAAGACAACGUUCCAGACUUUCAGUUGUCCCCUGAUCAGCAGGCAAAUGUCUUGGUCGAUCUAGGACAAAUUGAUAUGCAGUCUCCCCAACCUUGUCACCCACUACAGGAUGCAAGUAGUGCGGCUCCUGUAACCAUACCUUUACCUGGACAAAGUGGUGAUGGUAUGGCAAAUCUCAAGGACAGUCUACCUGGCCGGGAUGCGAAAAAUAGACUGAUCUCGACCCAGCUUCACAAUGCCGCCGAUGCCUUAGACUUACUUACAUUCGCUGCAACUGAGGAACAAUACCUCGACAAUGUAAGCCGCUCAGAUUUGAUGGGCAGUGAAAGCAUCCGUAACGGUAAUCAACCAGAAUACGACAAACCAUUGGCUAGUGGGGAGAACGGAACACUCAAAUGGAAAAACUUUCAUUUGAUCAGGCGCGGCAUCCUCUCUGAAGAUGAGGCCAUCGAGUACGUACGAUACUUUUUCGACAAACUAUGGCCGCUGAAACCGGUCAUACCAGCCUACUAUGCGGACCCCUCGAUGUACUCGACGCUCGCAACAGAAGAACCAGUGCUGCUUACGACUAUGAUCGUCCUGGCCUCACGGUAUCAUCAGCUUCCUGGCUAUCAUGGAGCAAUUAGGUCUGAACGCAUUCACUGGCACACGUGGCGAUCGCUCAAAAGGAGCUUACAGUCAGCGAUGUGGGGUUCUAUUUGUACAAGGUCACUGGGCACCAUCGCUUCAAUGCUACUUCUAAUGGAGUGGCACCCAAAGGCAAUUAACAAUCCAAGCAUGUUCGCAGAUGACGACGACAUCAGUGAGUAUGACGGGAUGCAUAAAGAUCCCGACAUAAGGACAACAAGUAUCGGGUUCAAUCUUACCACAAAGCAAAGACAUGGCAUGAUGUCUCUCCUAGAGAAUCUCAAUAUCUUGUCCUCCGCCUACAGGAGCAACAGCGUUUCCUGGAUGCUGCUCUCCAAUGCCAUUGCGUUAGCUCAAGAAGGUUGCUGUUUCGAGACUGAAGUGGAAGGCCAACCAUCAUCGCAAUCAGAGGCAGCAGCUGCACAAAAGGUUUGGAAGCGAACGAUCUGCGUCUUCGUCUACCUGGCAGACGAGCACAUGGCAUUGAGACUCGGUCUGGAGCCGCUGCUUCCUGAAAAGUCCCGCAGAAUCGUCAAAGAUCGUUUCUCCAAAGUGUUUGCCAGUGCGCUCCCAAACAGUGAACUCUGGGAGAGUGUCUUUGAGCUCACGGAUGAGAUAAGAAAGGCUCGCGAGCUGUUGAGAACAUCGAAGCAGCCAAGUUCGAGGCUCAACAGUGAUGAGCUUGUGGCCGAACUCGAAUACGUCAAGAGAAGUUUGGAUCGCUGGAAACGUCAGCACACCUAUGCCGGUCACGACGAGAAUUCUCCACUCAAUGCUUGCUUGUCCAUUGAGUUUUACUACGCCGUAAUCUAUAGUCUCUCUCCAGCCGCAUACGCCACCGCCACAAGUACGGACCUUAGACAGGCUGCUGUGGAAGCUGCCCGCGACAUGUUGGCCUUGGUCGUGAAUGUAUUAGAACCCACUGGUGUAUUGAGAGUGCUCCCAGUCCGUUGUUGGCUCUUCGUGACGACAGCAGGGCUGCACUUGCUAAAGGACACAGUUUCGCAAAAUCCAAAUUUCACGGAGGCACAUCAGGACGUCAAGAUUCUUCGAGCGACUGUGCAAGCUUUACAUCAAGGAUCGCCUGACGACGUACACACUGCUGUGCGAUUCUCCCGAUUCUUUGGCGUAUUGCUUGAUGCGGUACUUAGACCUUCCACAGCGCGCUCGCAUGCCGACAACGAAAUACCGCAAUCUGAUCUGCCGAUGCUUGACCCAGCAGACUCUGCUAACUUCUCCCACUUGAGCUCAGGUCUUGAUCUUGCGGCUCUACCGGCCGAUCUGGAGAAUUUCUGCGAUUCCACGUGGUGGGACGAGGCCUUGUACUUUAGGAGGGUCGUCUGA